AUGAGUACUUUGAUUUUAGCAUCCAUGAAGUUUAUUUUGAGUUUUAAAACUAAUCAGAAUAAGAUUAAGUUGCUGUACUUCGUUUUGUAGUAUCAAUAAGACGAACAGUUACCAAAGAAAAAGUUUGUCAUUUAAUAUGUUGGUAACCUAGACAAUACGUUUAAAGCUAUAAUUAAAAAAGAAAGUCUAUCUUAAGUUAUCAAAAACAUAAUAUAAGAAGAGCAAGGAAACUUUGAAGAAAUUACUAAAAAUAUUUUAGAUAGAACUCAAUUAGAUGAAUUUGCUAUUUUUAGUUUUCAGCCAGGUAAGGACUCAGCGGUCCUUCAUCUGGAAGGAACUAAUUUGACGAAAUCGAUUUAGUUUAACAUUCAAAAAAUAAACUAAAAAGAAUUGUUUUAAGAAAAAUUGUAAGAAAAAAAUGCUUUGAUAUAGUAAUUGAAGCAGCUUAACAUUAAAGUUCUUGAUCAUUUCUAAGAAUUUUCUACUUGUGAAGGGGAUUUCUUUGUAGAAUAUGUAGAUUUGAGUCAGCGAAAUGGAUUAUUUCCUUUAAUUCAAUCUAAAAAUUAAUUUUUUGAAGAAGUCAAUAAAUAAUACUCAAGUUUAGGUAUAAUUUCAGGAUUUGUUAAUUAAUCUAAAUGA